AAUUUAACAAAAAAAAUUAGACAAGUUUCAUUAAUUGAAUCUGAACAGCAAGAAAAUAUUGACUUUCGGAUUAGACUCCGUCGAUCAAUGAUCAGUUGUGUUAUGAUUGAAAAAGGUAUGGUGAAGGAGAAUGAGUACUACGAGAUCUUAGGCGUCAAAACUGAUGCUUCCGAUGCUGAGAUUAAAAAGGCCUACUACUUAAAAGCAAGGAAAGUUCAUCCAGACAAGAACCCUGGAGACCCUCAAGCUGCUAAGAACUUUCAGGUUUUAGGUGAGGCUUAUCAGGUUCUAAGUAAUCCAGAGAAGCGAGCAGCUUAUGACAAAUAUGGCAAAGAAGGGGUCCAACAGGAUGCAAUGGUUGAUCCUGCAGCUGUAUUUGGUAUGCUUUUCGGAAGCGAAGUCUUUGAAGAAUACGUUGGGCAGCUUGCACUUGCUUAUUUGGCAUCAAUUGAAGCUGACUUAGAAUCACAUGAGCCUGAAAUCAGAAAGCAAAUGCUUCAAGACAAGAUCAAAGCUCUACAAAAGGAGAGGGAAGACAAACUCGCCGCUACAUUGAAAAACAAACUUGAACCGUUUGUAGAAGGACAAACCAAUGAAUUUAUCGAAUGGGCAAACGAAGAGGCAAAGCGGCUUUCUUCUGCCGGUUUUGGCGAGGCAAUGAUGCAUACUAUUGGUUACAUUUACACAAGAAAAGCUGCUAAAGAAAUCGGUAAAGACAAGCGGUAUAUGAAAGUGCCGUUCUUAGCGGAAUGGGUGCGUGACAAAGGCCACCAUAUGAAAUCUCAAGUGAUGGCUGCUUCUGGUGCGGUUUCGUUACUUCAGUUGCAGGAUGAAGUGAACAAGUUGAAUGAACACCAAGGAGAGAACAAAGAGGAGCAUAUUCAGAAAGCCAUUGAAGCUAAAAUGGAUGCUUUGCUUCAAUCUCUUUGGCAAAUCAAUGUUCUCGACAUCGAAUCAACUCUAUCUCGUGUUUGCCAAUCUGUGCUUAAAGAUCCAAGUGUUUCCAAGGAUGUUCUUCGAGCUCGUGCCAUAGGACUGAAGAAACUUGGAACGAUCUUCCAGGUGAGCAAAAACAAAAGGGGUGCUAAGAAGCCGUACACGAGAGGAAGCAGCUUGCGUCGCGAACCCGCCGUGAAAGUGGACACGGGAGUUAUGGGGAAUGCUUGUUGUGUUGCUGCUCGAGAUAAAAUGGUGGUGUCUAAUAUAUCGGCACUCGAGAAUUUGCAAAGAAACAAUGUGAAUGCGAGGUAUUCUCCUAAUUGGAGCUUUCGAUGGGAUAAUAGAGGACGAGUUGCAGGUGAAGAGACCUCUGUCAGUUGGUUAUCUGAUGGAAUUAGUCGUAACGAUGUGUCUGAUGUGAAAUCCGAAUCUGCUUUUGUAUCAUCACAAGGGUCUCCUUUGGACAAUUUUCAGGCGCAGUCAUGGCAGAAAUCUCCUUCUUCAGAUCAAUCUUUUUCAAGAAUUGCUUCCAUUGACACAGUCUCUGAACAGAUCACCCAGAAAACAAAUGAUUCAACCGACCCUGCUUAUUAUCCAUCUCCUGUAAAACUGUCUCUUUCAUUGGCUUCUCAACCAUCAUCCUUCUCAGCGUCACCACUCUCGACCCAGAGCCACUUGCCAAUGCCACCUGCAAGUUCAUCGCAGUUGAAGCUGACACCGCCCCCUCGUCUAUCAAAGCAAGUCUCAGAUGGUCAAAUCUUUGGAUUCACCUCACCGAGCAGAAGCUCAGCAACUGAAGAGAGGCUGGGGAGUGAAUCUCAGUCUGAUGGUUGGUCCAUGCAAGCCUUUUCUGAAAUGAUGGCAUAUUCUCGCAGAGAGUCUUGCUCUUACAAUAACGAGUUCGUUGGGCUUCGUCGUGACAAGAUAGACAAUCAUGGAAAUAGAAAGUCCAAUGAUCAGCAAAACUGUGGUGCUUGCUCGAGAUCCUUGUCUGAGAAAUCUUUGUUGAGUAGCCAAAAGAUCUUUGCCACUAAUGAGCUCUCUGUAGCUGCAAUUCUAGCUUGUGGGCAUGUCUAUCAUUCAGAGUGUUUAGAGCAGAUGACACCUGAAAUCGACAAAUUCGACCCUCCUUGUCCCAUCUGCACACUGGGUGAGAAGAAAACAUUCAAACUGUCGGAAAAAGCAUUAAAGGCAGAUUUGGAAAUGAAAGCUAGACACAGCAAGAGACUAAGAAACCGUGUUGUGGACAGCGAUGACUUUGUCAUGUUUAAUAACAACCACAAAGCGGCAGCAACAGUAGCAGCAUACAAAGGCAAAGCCCCAAAGCUGCUAUCGAGUUCAAGCUUGAGAAGCUAUUCCCCAAAACCUUUCCUUGCGAGACACUUCUCUUUCGGGUCCAGAAGUAAUAGUGUUAAAAUCCCGAAAGAGAAUCAUUCCGCGAGCUCUCUCAGAAAGAAAGGCUUCUUUUGGACCAAAUCUAGCAAACUUUGAAACGAUUCUGGGUGCUUGUUUCUCUUCGUAAGCUAGGGCCGAAGUCAACGUUACGUUUACUAUCAACGAACGGUACACACGUUUGUGUGUGUAUUACAGAAAAUUUUCUCACUAGUCUCCCAUUUUUUGUUUUUGUGCAUUCCCAAUUACACUUGUAAAUAUAUAAUUAUAAUAAUAUAAGGUAAAAAUGAUC